UCGAAAAUGACUCUCUUUAAUGAGUAAAAAGAGGUCAACCAAAAUACAACAACAAAAUGUAGGGGAAUCGCAAAUCAAUCAUUGAGAUGUGCAAAAUGUGACUAUUUUUUCCGUUAUUUAUUAUCAUAUUGCGAUCAUGUACAGAUUGAAAAAUGAUUAGUCUUAAAAAGAUCAUGCAGUUGCUUGAAAAGUGAUUAUAUCCAGCUUGUACAUGAAAAUUGUUUUUAAAAAAAUCACUUCGCAGAAUCUUCUUCGAGUCCUUUUGGUGAUCAAAAAAUGAUUAACUCACCUGUACGAUCACAAAACGACUCGAAAGUGAUCCCCCUUAAUGAGUAAAAAGAGUUCAUUUAAUUUUAUAAAAAAAAAUGUAUGGUAAUCAAAAAUCAAUCAUUGGGAUGUGCAAAAUGUGACUGUUUUUCCGUUAUUUAUUAUCAUAUUGCGAUCAUGUACAGAUUGAAAAAUGAUUAGUCUUAAAAAGAUCAUGCAGCUGUUUGAAAAGUGAUCAUAUUGAUGUAUUUAUUAUCAUAUUUCGCACAGACAAGUGCUUAAAUGCUGCUUGUUUUUCUAUGCAUAACGGGUCAUUUGUUGCGUUUCUGGAGUGGCUAUAAAAAAGUUGACUUAUUGGUCAUUUAUAAAAAGUGCGUGGAAGCGUCAACAGCAAAAGUGUUAAAUAUUAAAAAGUGAUAAAAAAUAUUAAAAAGUGUACGUUUAUCUAUUUGUUUGUUUAUUUAUUUAUUUAUUGUUUUUAUAAAGAAAAAAUGUCAGCAAGCCAAUUUAAAAAAUUAAAAAAGGCUAAAAUAAAAAGGUUGGCAAAAAAAGAGGCUGAAAAUUUAAUUUUGGAAAAAAGAUGUAAUACUGAAGAAGUGAAUAAUGAAGGAAAUGUCCAGGAACUUGAAGAAAUCGUCGAGCCAAUUCAAAAUUUUACUGAAGAAUUUAGACGAAGUUAAUGACACUCACAAAUUUCCGUUCAACGGGGUAAAGGAUUUGCAAGCCUUCGAUGAAUUGGUGAGGCAAAAUGAAACGAUACUUAAACAAUUUAAAGAAUUUAUUGCAAAAACCGGUGGUGAAGGACCCCCUCAAUUCCUUCGGGCUGCCGUUCGAAAGAUUUUUUCUGACAAUUUAGCCUGCCAAUACAGCUGGAAGGGCACCAGUGUAAAGCCAAGUGCAGAAAAGUGUUAUUUAGUGACUGUAAUCAAAAAUAUUUCUCAUCUAAAAUACACAAGUAACGACAAGGAUAUGAACACAAUCCUUCAGAAACAUUUUGUUCACGCUCCAGACCGGGUUACAAAAAGAAAACGAUCAGAUUGAAGUUCCUGAUUUUUUUAUUUUUUUGGUUUUUCUUUUUUUAUUUAAUUUUUUACUAUAUUUUUUACCACUGGCAUUUACUAAAAUACACCUGAAAAUGAACUAGUACAAAUUAUAAUUAUAAAAGUUGAAUUAUUUUUAUUUUAAAUAAACUAUUUUAUAAACAAAUAUAAACAAAUUCUUUUUUUCACGGUACAUCCCAAUAUUUAGAAAUCACGUACGAGAUUCGAAGGAUCGUAAACACUCA